GUAAUUUCAGUUUUAUAGUGAAAGUUUACUAGUCGGGUCAGUUUAUAAAUUUUUUUUUUCGAAUUUGGAAAAGAAAAAUGAAUCUCAUCUCAAUUGAGGAAGUUCGGAAAAAUAAUGGACAGAAUGGUUCAAAAAUUUGGGUUGUUCUUCAUAAAAAUGUCUACGAUUUGACUCAAUAUAUAAAAGAACAUCCUGGAGGUGAUGAAUUAAUUAUGGAAUUUGCGGGUAAGGACGGGACAAAGGGUUUUAAUGAUUUUGGUCAUACUUCGGAUGCCAGAACGUACAUGAAAAAAUUUAAAAUCGGGGAAUUAGCGGAGGAUUGUUGUAAACAGAGUAAAAAAUCGAGUAAAACAGAAGAAAUAACAAGAAAUAACGCAGAGAGAAAUCGAAGGUCAAUCUUAACGAAACUUUGGCUGUGUUCAUAAAUAAAUUUAUUUAUUAAAAUAAAUUUUAUUUAUUUUAACGUUUUUAAGAAAUAGAAAUAUUUAUUGUCAUCGUCAGGAACGAGGGAAAUUCUUUUUCGGGAGUUUAAAAACCAAGUGAUUUUUCUGAGAAAGGAACUUUAUCGAAACUAUAGACACUAUUUAUUUUAAUUUAGUGCUUAAGGACUGUUUAUAAAUAUAGUUUUAUGUAUUUUAAUAAAAUAAUUAUUUACCAAAAA